AUGGCAGAGCUCCAGAACGCCAACCCUACCAUCCUCAACCUGUCCGAGCUUCCCACCCGGAGGAGGCAAAAGCAGAGCCAUCGGCGGCCCGAUGACGACCUCACCACCUUUUCGCCGAGGCCGCCCCACUGGGAGAAGGUCCUCCAUGAGACCUUUGAAGGCUUCGAGAGCAAGUCCGUGUCGGACAGCUCCGACGCCGAGGACCCCAUCGACGAGCAGGAGAUCUUUGAUCUGAUUUCCACGAUUUCCGAUCCGGAGCAUCCCCUCACUCUUGGGCAGCUCGCCGUUGUCAAUCUUCCGGAUAUCCGCCUUGAUCCGCUGCCCGCUCCGGGGGUGGGGCCCAGCCUGGACACCGUGACCACGGUCACGGUCGAGCUGACUCCCACUGUCAACCACUGCAGCCUGGCCACCAUCAUUGGUCUUGCCGUGCGUGUUCGCCUCGAGGCCUGCCUGCCGCCAAACUACAGGGUCGACGUCUGUAUGAAGGACGGCUCCCACGCGCAGGACGACCAGGUGAACAAGCAGCUCGCCGACAAGGAGCGCGUCGCUGCAGCCCUGGAGAACGACACACUCAAGCGAACCCUCGACACCAUGAUGGAGACGUGCGUGAGCGGUUAUGCCAAAGAUAUUGACUCGGAUUGA